UGAGGGGGGAAACCGAGCCCCCUCGCGUUGUCACGUGUAAUCCGUGCUUCUCAUCACUUGUCUGAAAACAAAGAGAGGAAAGAAACUAGGUUAAAUAUCUCCCUGGCAAUUAAUUGCGUCCGCGAGCCAAAGGGGUGCGUUCGCUCGUUAACAAUUAGAGAAAGAGAGGAUGAGGAGUGGAAAUUAUGGAGAUAAAAAAUCCAGAACGAGCUGCGCACUUUUGAUGGUAAAGACAGAUUUUGUCGAGGCAAUUGGCGUGACGAAGAAAUUGAGGGCAAGCCAAUCAACGGUGCGCAUGAUCAAUAAGUUUCUGUUGCACUUGAUUGAAAUUUCUCCGCCACUUAACCUAGAUGGCUAUAUGAAGAUAGACCGGAGUUUGAUGACAACAUUAACGUCGACUGGAAUCGCGAUCACCAUUGUCUUGAUGCAGUUGCAAAUGGGAAACAAAACCAUCACAGGAAUCAACGACUUAUUAGCACUCAGAGGGGUUUUGUUCCCUUAAUUAAACGAUCGGCAAAAUAAAAAUCAAUGCGCAAUCUUGUAUAGAAU